AUGUUCCCCUCUCUCCCCUCACCAAUACCAUCGCCGUCUCCGCACUCAAUGGCCAGACUCUACCCAAGAUCACUCUCACCACAGAUCCCAUCACUCUCACUGUAUCUGGCAACCACAGUGAGAGUAUCCCCUUUACAUUUUGGACUCCCUCAUGCACCCGUUGUUUUGGGACACCCGUGGCUAGUCAAGCACAAUCCCCGGAUUGAUUGGCAGCUUAAGUCUGUGUCUGAGUGGAGCAUUAAAUGUCAUGAGUCUUGUCUUGUGUCUGCUUGUCCCUCUGUUUCUACUUCUAUGUUUCAGGAGAAGGCGGUGGAUCUGUGUAACAUGCCCGUAGAGUAUCUCGACCUGAAGGAAGUGUUCAGUAAGUCUCGGGCUGCUUCUCUUCCUCCUCAUCGUCCCUAUGACUGUGCGAUAGAGUUAUUGCCAGGGUACAUCUUGUCGGCUGAGGGAGUUCGUGUGGAUCCAGAGAAAGUUAAGGCUGUGGUGGAUUGGCCAACUCCAGAUUCCCGUAAGGCCCUACAGAGGUUUCUGGGGUUUGCCAAUUUCUAUCGGCGCUUUGUUCGCAAUUUCAGCCAACUAGCCUCACCUCUGACCGCCUUGACCUCCCCCAGAACUACGUUCAGGUGGUCAGACGCAGCGGAAGCUGCGUUUGCCAAACUAAAGAGCCCCCAUUCUAGUGACCCCUGA